AUGUCAAGACUUCUUCGAGGAGUCGUGGCGGCACUACUUGGGUUUGGGCUCCUGCGGUCUCGCGCAGAACCCGAGGCCCCCUACCCCCAAACCCCUGAAGUUUCCGACACCAGCGAUGCGUCCAGUGUCCCCAGUGACCCACAAGUUGAAUUCAGUCUUUCGUACCCGACACUGUCCUCCAAGGAGGCCAUUGUGCUCCCCGAAGAUCGUGCUGCUCAAGAUGAGGCCAAAGAGCCGAGCACCGUUUUGAGGCUGCCCCCACGUGUUACGUUAUCGCACGUCUACAAAGUGCAUGUUGUUUCGGACUGCGUCGUGGGCCGCUGUUAUUUUCGGCCGGCACGGCUCGCUGCGGAACUGGGUGCCGUUUGUUUCAUGCAACCAGCAGCAAUUCAACAGCAUCGUGGAACAGAGCCCGUGCGACUGUUGAGGUCGCACAAACAAGCUAAGCUAACCAGCUUGUUUGAGAGCAGCCAAAAGGACCAAGUUUUUGUUUCCUUUAGCGACAGCCUUCCGCUGGACGCACAAACCAUUGACCUUAGACAAGCAGGGGUUCACGGGGAGGAAUACCGAAGGGCAUUGGAACAAGCGCCUCAAAAUGUAUUCGGCCUUUGCAGAAGACCGCGCAGUAACAUGUUGCGGACCCUGGCCGACAAGGGGUUCGUGCUGUGCACUGUUGUACUGAGAAAGGACCAACACUUCGUUGAUCGAUGCAGGGAUCUUCCCGUUAAUGACAUCCACACCAUGCAGGCAGUGGAGAAAAUCCAUAGACGUCUGAACGAUCCUACUUUGCCCACUCUUUCUGCUGUGCAGAGGGAUCUGGACCGAACUGUGCCUCCUAUCACCCUCGAAGAGGCCGCUGCCGAUGCCUGUGUUGCCCACAUCUCCCGAGAGCUCCAGGCGAUAGAGGAUCUGCAUGCUUUGGACCUGUGGCGGAGAGCUGAAAUGGACAAGGCGAUCACUUCGGAGAUGGUCCUGAGGUCGAUGGUUAAGUUCGCACACUUUACGGUUAGGGAAAUCGCACCGGAGACCUCUCCCGAAUAUCGGCUUUCGUUACUGAAGCUAUCAAACAAGUGGACUAGGACAACGGAACUUGUGCGCAAGUUCAAUGAGGCCGUCGCCUCCUGUCCCAGCCCAACAGUCCGGCCUAUAUAUUUGCCACAGUAUGAAAGCAAAAUGCUUGUCUUUCCUGACGAGUCGCUAAUAGACCUUCCGUUUCAACUGUCCAGGAUUCUGAGCAUUAGUGCUCCUCCUAUUCAUAGGCUGUUGAUUGGAGGUGCAUACCUGCUGUCACUUACUUUGAAUAAUCGCGGUCUCGUUGAGGGGAUCGGUAGACAGGAAAUAUCUGACUUGAGCCAAUUAAGAAAAUAUGUGGGAAAAGUUGCACAGGCGGCGGAUCGUAUUUUGGACAUUGCAAUGGACCCCGAAGUUCAGUGGGGGCUUGUCCGCACCCUUAUGGUUGUUCCUUUUUGGCUGUUUGUAUUUGGACGGCACUGCGGGCCGGCUGAGAAGCACGAAGCUUUCGAAUUAGGCUACGGGCUGUGUCCCUUCCACUUGCUGAAUUUUUUCAUUAAGGAUGCGGCUGCGACAUCAAAGAAGCAACCAGGGCUGCAAAAUUGGGCUAGACGGUCUAUUAGCAACUUGGUUAAGCGUGUUAAAUCGGGGACACUUCAAGACAAGGCUAAGGAGCAUGCCAAUGUGUUUCUUGAACACCUGCUAGAUGAGUCGCUCUGCGUGCUAGGUUCCAUCAACCACCCCGUAACAAUGCAAGGGGUACUGAAGCAAAUACCGCCCACGUCUUUGUGCACAACUUAA